GACACAUUGAGAGUCUUAGGUUUGGUGAUAACACCUGGUAGUUCUUCCCCAGCAUUCUGGUUAAUGUUUAGCUGUGGAGAACUGUUUAAAUAACUGUAGAAGCCUUGGUCACAAUUUUUGCCUUUAGAAGCAGAGCACAGUGCAUUUGAUGUGGUCUGAGAGAUUUCCUGAAGAAACAGGAACAGCCUUUCUAUUGAGGUCAAACUGCUAGGAAAGUUUCUUCAGCAGUUCUCAAUUUUGUCUCAGCUUCUUGAAAAUGGCGGGUGUGAGCAGAUGCUUGAAGUACUCCAUGUUCAUCUUCAACUUCUUAUUUUGGGUGUGUGGUUGCAUAAUUUUGGGAGUCUCUAUAUGGAUACGUGUUAGCAAAGAUGCUCAAGAGGCUUUGAGCAUAAGCAACAGCAGUAUGUUUGUCGGGAUUGACGUGUUGAUAGCUGUGGGCUCCCUCAUUAUGAUCCUAGGAUUUCUGGGGUGCUGUGGUGCCAUUAAGGAAAGCCGGUGCAUGCUGUUCUUGUUUUUUAUUGGACUGCUGCUGAUCCUGAUCCUUCAGGUCACAGGGGGUAUUUUAGGAGCAGUGUACAAACCUCAGCUUGAGGAAGUCCUUAACGCGACACUUAAGGAGGCUGUUAAUUUAUUGAAAGAAAAUACAGAAAAUGCAAAACAAGUUCAAGAGUCAUGGCAGAAGUUUCAGCUACAGAGUCAGUGCUGUGGUUUGGUCAACGGGGCUAGCGACUGGGGAAGCAAUAUUAAUCUUGUUAUUGAUGGCAAAACCGUCUGUGAGUGUGAACAAGCAUAUCAAGAAGAAAAUCUCUGCGUCCGUUUUGGAAACAGAUAUAUUUUUAAACAGACGUGUAAAACAGUGAUUCUUGAUUUCCUUCAGAAAAAUAUGGACAUAAUUAUGGGGAUCGCAUUUGGAUUGGCAGUUAUUGAGGUUCUUGGUUUGGUGUUUUCUAUGUGCCUCUACUGCCAGAUUCAGAGAAAAUGAAAAUGUGGAAGUGUCAGAACAAUGUCAUCAGCCAAUUUGAAACCUUUGUAGAUAGAGAGAUAUUUGCCUUGGCACUUCCUGAUAAAUAUAUGCAUGUUCCAGGCAGCUGUUCUGAUAAAAAGGGCACCCACUGUACACACAGCUACAUCACAGUUUGCAAAAUGACCUCCUUACACUUUGUAAGAUUUAAUGAUGUGAGUAUGAUUUUUUAUUUGCAAUAAAUAUCUUUGUUUUUCUGAUGAGUUUAUUUUGUCAGAAGAUAACAUUUAAGUCAUGUUGAGAUUUGAGCUCUCCACAUGAUAUGUCCACAUAGCUAUCACACCACUCAUAGCAGAAUCAUCAUAAACACAAUUCUGGGCUCAAUCACAGGUCCAAACCUCAAGGGAAGUGCCUGGUGCUCAGCACUAGGUCUCCCUCAGUGUGCCAGCUACCUUGCUUUUGGCUGCAGCUGUGACAGGCACUGGGCUGCCAGGAUGUUCCUGGCUGUCCCAAGUAGGGAUGCCCCACGGUCCUGACUCUCAUAGAGCUGCUGGUCCAGGAGGCACCCUGACAGAAAGUAAACAGCACCAGGGAGCAGAUUGCUUUAAAGUUAUGAAGAUCAUAGAAUCAUAGAAUGGUUUGAGAUGGAUGAUACCCGUAGAGACAUGCUGCAGCUUUCUAAAGUACACUGAUGAUCUAACCUCUGAGUCUGAGGCACUGGCUGUUCCCACCAGUUCCAGUAAGCCCUGUCUUCAUCUUCAGAUGUAGUUUUAAACAUGUUCAAACAGCUGGUCAUGAGAAAAAUUUGUAUCAGACUCUUCAGAUUUCUGAAGUGGUCAAAACUGGAUCUCCGAAGCACAACCAGACUACUCCCAUCUUGACAAAGCCAUUCUGAUAUUGCUUGUAAAUAUUCUAAAGCAUUUCCUUGGGUGAAGACCUCUGCCAUCACUUCAAACUGGCAGAACUAGAUUCAGGUAUAAUUCAGCUGCAGCAAUUAUGCUCUUUUAAAUGGUGGAAAAGUUUCUAUCCUGUCACACUCACUCUCUCUAGCACUCGCACCAAGCUGUGGGAGCUGCUUUCAGACCUUUGUGUUCCCCAAGAGCCAACUAGCUACCAGACAACUCUAGAUUCCUCUGAAGAACCUUGGAAACUGUGCCAGAAGAAUUUGAAAUUUGUUGGACCAGAGAAAAUGCAUGAGUCCAUAACCGAUCCACAGACAGACAUGAAGGGAAAAUUAAAGCUCAUACAUGCUCCCAGAAGUAGCAAGCUCCAAUCUUCUAUAAACUGAGCAUUACUGCUAAGGAUUUGUGAUAGACAACUAACAGUUGGCACAGUGUAUGCUGGCUUGAACACCAAUCUUAUCCUGCAUGUUACUCUGGGGUAGACAUGUAUAAAGGUAAAUUGUUAAGUUUUUGUUUUGUACAGUCCUUUUGGGAUAUAGUUCCUAAAAUAUUGUUCUCUUACAUCAAAAUAAUGAUGUAUGAUACAUUAGAAUCUUUUUGGCUGAAACUAUGGUGCCAUUAAAAUCAGCAGCAAAAAAUUCUUUGUCUUCAGUCAGGAACUUUGACACAAGAGUUUCAUCUAGAGUUAAAGUUAAUAGUUCCUCUGUACAUUUAGGCAAUUUGUCUUCAUUUCCUAAUACCCCAGGGAAGAAAAUUGAAGUAACAUGAUUAUAUGCUACCAUGGCUACAAUGGGACUGAAUAAGUGGAGUCAUUUGGAAUAUUACCAACUUGCCAAUGAAGUGGGUUUGCUUCUAAAAUAUGUCCAUUACCUUUGAUAUUACAAAACUUUACUUUUACUUCUGUAUCGCCUUGAUGUUUCCUCUUCCAUUUUUCACUGGAAACAAGAGAACAUUAAAUGUUAAACAAAGAGAAAUCUUUCAUGAUAAGAUUCAUCUGGGAAUAUGCAUAAUAUAACAGAGUAGCAAUUCGUGUUCAAACUAUGUGUUCAAACUCCCCUUUUAAUCACGCAUCCAGGAUUUGAGGCAUCUCAUUCUCAAAUAGAUGUCCAAAAAGGUUAGAUGAGUCCUUUGUUUUGCAGAUAUGUAGUGUUGAAGUGAAUGAAUCCCACCCUAUAAGACUGAAUUUGUUAAAAUCUGUAGAAUCAAUGGUCAGUCAGGAAAGAGCAUCAGUAUAACAUUCCAUGAAGGUGUGAGGACCAUUCACGGAUUCACUGACCUGAUUACUCAGUCAUAGUGCCAACUACAACCUUUAGGAAAUGAGCUGCGCUUAUUCUUUGGGCUAGUAGGAUGAGAUUCUUCUUCUGCAGUGCAGUAAUGUCCCAUUCAGAGCCAAAAUUCAGAUCAAAAUUCAGCAGAGAUCCCAGCAGCAUUCAUUCAUGGAGUCCUCUUGGUUUUCUUAUCAGAGGAUUUUUUGUGUUAGCAGUUGACUAAAAGUAAAAUGGGAUGUUUUUCUGAGCCCAUGUCCACUUUUUAAUCAUGAUGUCUGGAAUUACUAAAAUGGAAUUUGACAAUAAAAUCUCAGUGGAACAAUAAAACCAUGAGGUUUUUCAUUUGUGGAGUGUUGGGGAAGGUUAUGGAAUGUUGGGUUUUUUUCUUUUUUCUUUUUUCUUUUUUUUUUCUUCCUUUUUUCUUUUUCUUUUUUUCUUUUUCCUUUUUCACAACAACCUGUCCAAGGUUUUGUUCCUCUCAGUGUUACCCAAUAAAAUCAUGCAUACAGGAAAGACAUGUGCUGAAGAUCUUAGCACUUCAGAAUAGUAGAGGGUAAAAAAAUUGUAUUAUAAUUUUCAAUAGUAUAAGAAAAGUAUGGUAAGCAGAAAGAAGAUGCUAAGGGAGCUAAAUCCCAAAUUAAAACCAUGUCUAUUUAACUCAAAAUGGUGACUCAACAUAUAAAGGCCAAACAACUAUUUAAUGGCAACAGAUAAGAAUCACACCUGCGUCAAACUAUCUCCAAACAAUAAUUUGUUACAUCAUUUAAGGGAUUUUAGGGAACAUGUUGUUCUCAGAAGGAAAUGCACUUGGAGGAAAAUGAAUGACUGCAUUAAUAGAAAAAAAAAAAAGAAAAAUUUAUAGUUUAUGCUAAAAAAUGAGUCAGUAAAGCAAUGUCAGGAAUGACGUGAACAAUGAAGGAGUGUUGUAAGUCCAUUGCUGGAAAUAAAAAACAAUGAAGAAAAUGACAGGCAAAUAAACAAAAAGAAAUCUGAUUUUGAAAAAUGAAAGAAUGAAGAAACAUAGGGCAAAUUUCUUUGAAAGAAGGAAGAAGGAAACUGUGCUUAUCAAGAUCCAAGUUUGUUGCACUUAGCUCACUGUCAGGGGAAUUUGGCCCUGAUCCACCUUUGUGUCCUGACCAUCAUGUUGAAAGCCAGUUCAACCUCUUCUUCACACAAUGUUAAAUCUUCUCCAAAUUUGGCUGAUUGUCAUGACCCCUAAGAAGCUGCUGUCACCAGAACAGAGCAGAUAGCCAAAGAGUGAUGCGAGAGACAGUUCUUCCAGAUGCCUGGCCCCUAGGGAUGCCUGGAGAGUUAGCCCAAGGAGCAGGAACCACUGGCUUCCCCUGUGGAAAAAACAGAAGGGCACUGGAAAUCUGGCCCCAAAAUAUUUAAAGACAUGAUUCAUUGAGGCACCAAUUUAAAACAAACAAAUAAAUAAAAAAUUUAGACAGGAAAACUGUCAGUUUAAACUCUGAAAUAGGAUUGAAAUCACAAAAUAAAAAGCUAAUUCCUUGUUGCUGCUGUAAGACCUGCUCUAACUGCUUAGCCAGGGGUUCUUUGGCAUGGGAGAAAACAGCCUAUCUAGCCUGAUUUAGUCUGAAUUCAACCCUUCCCAGCUUAGGAGACAUUUUACUUUGGGCUUUUUGGUUUGCCAAUUAUAAAACAAAUAUUUAAUCUUUCUCCAGAGCCAGAAUCAAUACCUACUCCUUCAAAUGUUCAGGCUGUGGAAGCCACCUGAGCACUGUUCCUCCAGGAGCAAACAGAGCAGGGUUGACCUGAGGCACUGCUAGAUUAGGACCACUUUCAGGGACUAAAAGGAAGCUUGGAGCUUUUCUGCUUUUGUUCACAGCAAUUUGAUUAUUCUUGAUAAUUAUAUCUCAAGAGAACUGGCAGGUUUUUUCUCUGCCCCUGUCAAUAGCAAUAUUCUCAUCCUUUCACUGAAGGACUCUCUUUUUGUGCAGUGGUUUGGAUUAAACUGCUUUUUGUUCUUUUCAAGUCUUUCUUUUUUGAACUGAAAGCUGACCCUUGAUGCAUUUUGCAAAAUGCUGAGCCUGCUUGGGCUCCUUGUGGAGUGAGAGAGGUGAUGUCAUUCACCACUGGAUAGGACUGAAUCCUUUAUCUAAUUGAACUCAAACACCGGAGAGGAGUGGGAAAAUCAGACUUCACUCUUUCUUCUCAAAUCCACUUAAAAAUUCUUUUUGCUUGUAGAGAAUAACAAAUCUCUGCAGCAGUAUCUCCUUACCAUUAGAUUUUAUAAAAUUUGCUUGAGCAGUCAAGAAUUCUUUAAGAGACAGGAACUAGGAAAGUGGAAAAGACAUGAAGAAAUAAAAGAUCCUUGGGCAGCAAGAUGUGGAAUAGAUGUACAAUAUUCUUCCCUCCUAAUCUGUAGGGAGAUCAAAUUCAGCUAGUGUAAUUCAUCAGUCUCCAACUUCUUCAUCUACAAUAACCUGUGCAACAUUGGAAGACGUUGCUAGGCCUAUUUUCUUUUUUUCCCAAGAAAACUGAACUGUACUGUGCAAAUGGCUGAAACUGGUAAGAAAAUCAGGCACUGAAUAUGGACAGACUCCAACGGUCUCUCAGACAGCUUCCAAAAGCAGUCUCAUGGCUGGUCCAGCACAUUAGCUUUUCAUACUAUAAGUCUGUGAUCUUUCUAAUGUAAGGGGGUUAAUUAGUGGAGUGUGUUCCAGGGACAGUGUUAAAAAGCCCAGUGUCAGUAGUUUCAUGUCUGGUAUUAAAUGAAUGUAAUGUGUUUCUAGGCUGUUUCAAACUG